AUGUCAGCGACGGAGGUCGUUGACUCCGUUGGUUCUGCAAAGUCCUCUGGUUUUUAUGAGCGAACUGCAGCUCCUCCUGGUGAAGCUAGCAGCACGAUCAAGUUAGGCCGGAUUAAUGACGAGGAACUGCACGCUAUCUCGCCGCGCGAUGAUCCUGGAGAUGUGAAAUUGGAAGACGAAUUUCCGCCGUUUGAUCCUGAAGUAGAAAUAAUUCGAUUGGAGAUGCUUUACGGCGUGCAAGCUGGUCCUUCACGACGACGAGCUCCUCGGAAGAAGAAGGUGUACCCUGAUCCUCAUGGUUCGACUUUGUCUACUGAGACUUCGCUAGCGGAUCUGCGAGCUGUUUUCUGGAUUUCAGAGGGAGUCGAAUUCUUGCUCCUGUCGCCGACCGAUCGUGCCGAAUCUCCGCUGUCUGGCUACUUCACCGUUUACGAGAGCUACUUCAGCUUGAGUGAUCUGUGGUUCCCGAUUCCUGAGCUGAUUCUGCGUAUUUUCCGUCUGUUAUGUUCCUCCUGUCCCAUGCAAUCGCAUCUUAUCGCAUUCCAUUCUUUUCCGUUUUGUCUUAUUUCGUCUUGUCCCUAA